AUAUAAGAUGCACCUGCACUUCCCUUACAGUUGUGAGAAGAGAAGAGUUUCAACGAAAGGCUGAGAAAUAUCCGAGGAUGGCCCUGCUUACGUUAGCUUUGAUUCUCUCAAUCAGUCUCCAAGGCUGCGCUCUGACCGAGACUUUUGAUAUCAGAGGUUUGCAAAGUGCUCAAGAAGCCCUGAAUACUGGGGAUGUGUGCAAAGACUGCACUCAGAUAUUUGAACUCCUCAUCGACCUGCUUUCCAACACCGACCUCGAGAAAAAGAUCAUGGACGACAUUGACAGUCUCUGUGCACACCUACCAGGGCCGGCUGCCAAAGUCUGCAAAGAAGAGGUGGACAAGAUGAUUCCAGUGGCCAUCUCCUUUAUGACUGGUGUCGCAAAACCAGCAGAGAUCUGCAAGAUCAUUGGGCUCUGUAACUCCUGCGGUAACCAUGAGAAGAUGCUCAGCUACUUUAUCAAGGAGGCUCUCCAGGCUGCCGUGACAGUGGACAAUGGACUGCCUACAAAACAAUGCGCCUUCUGCAUUUUCCUUUUUAAGACUUUGGAGGAUCUGCUGCCUAAGGAGAGGACUGAGGGUGCUGUGAUCAAGCUGGUGGAAGAGAUUUGUCAUUUAUUGCCAUCCUCCUACCGUGCACAGUGCGAUGCCGUCGUUGACAAGGUCGGCAAAACGGUGCUGGACGCAAUCUUAGGCUACGCAACCCCUCAGGCCAUCUGCGCUCUCAUCCACAUGUGUAAAGGGCAAGAGGCUCUCGUUGUGGAUCCAUGCACUUUGACAACGUAUAGAUGCCGAGACAUGAAGACUGCUGUCACAUGUGGAACUCUUUUCUACUGUCGGAAAUUUGCCUGGAAGUCUGUGAACUACAAUACCAUCUAAAAUGUUAAGGGUCGGACAGAAAGCUCGUGUUAAGCUCACAGAUGACCACAACUGCUCAACGCCAAACUGCAAAUAUUUCUGUGGGAUACUAUUUCUUAGUAUCCUAAUUCAUUAGGUCUGCAUUUAGUAAUUUUUGCUUCAUAAAAGUAUGAGAUCUGCACUGAGAUAAGAAAUCCAAUAUAGGGAUUAUCUGGAUUUUUAAUCCAAUAUUCCACAGCUAUCCUGUAAACAUGAUACAACUUUUGUGUUAACCAGCCUUUUUUUGUAUCAAGCUUUCUGGUUUCAUCAGCUUCCAUAAAGCAUAAAACGGAUAUAUUUUUCAUACAUGAAAUGUAAUAUGUGAUUUGGCUAUAAAGAAAACAUUUCCAAUGACAGGAGCAUCUUUGAACUAAUUAGAUGCUUGUUCCAUUUCAUAAACAUUUUACUGAGGGGUAUACUACUGAGAUCAAUUUAGACGUUUAUGGUUUUUCUAUUUGAAUUUAAAUGUGUUAAUGAAGUUAAGUAAUGGAAAUGUAUUUCAGGUUAAGGUGCUCAAGUAUAAUAGCAUGGCGUUGCUGUUAAUUUGAUACUUAAAGAGAAGAAAUAAGGAGAAAAAAAAAACAUAUAGUUUUAGUUCUUGGUAUCCAUUUUACAACCUGCCUGAAGACAAAAACAUCUUCAAUACAUGUUUAGACAGGGUUUAAAUCAGGGUUAAACACAUUACUGUUUACUGAAGCGUACUCUUAAAUUUAAUACUUACAUGCUGUACUCUACUGCCCUUACUUUCUAACAACUUGUGCUUUUUAUUAUUUUACCUCUUUUAUCAUUUUAUGUGUUAGUUACUGUUUAAUUGUGUCUUGUCGCUUUUAAUGUUGAUGUAAAGCACUUUGAAUUACCUUGUGUUGAAUUGUGCUAUAUAAAUAAACUUGCCUUGAGGCUCACUUCUGCUCUUUUCAAGUUAA